AUGAUUGCUUUUAGAAGUCGCAUGAGACACGUUGUCAUUGAUGGCAUGGUUUUGAUCUCACAAAAAAAGUCAAUAGUUACAAAAAUGAACAAUAAUACAAAUAAACCAUUAAUUUACAAAGUUACAAAUGAGUGUAAAACAACCAAAGCAAGAGUUGGAGUAAUGACAUUAGUUCAUCAUCAUGUUGAUACACCAGUUUUUAUGCCAGUUGGAACACAGGGUACAUUAAAAGGAUUGUUACCUCAACAACUGGAACAAUUAGAUUGUCAAAUAAUGUUGAGUAAUACAUAUCAUCUGGGAAUACGUCCGGGACCAGAAAUUUUAAAAGAAGCAGGUGGUCUACAUAAAUUUAUGAAUUGGAAUAGAGCACUAUUAACAGACUCUGGAGGAUUUCAAAUGGUAUCUUUAAUGAAAUUAGCAGAAGUAACUGAAGACGGAGUUAAAUUUAGAUCACCAUUUGAUGAAACUUCUGAAUGUAUGUUGACACCAGAACAUUCAAUAGAAAUACAAAAUGCUAUUGGUGCUGAUAUAAUGAUGCAAUUGGAUGAUGUUAUACCAACAACAUCAACUGGUCCAAGAGUUGAAGAAGCAAUGCAUCGAACAACUAGGUGGUUGGAUCGUUGCUUAGCUGCUGAUAAACGUCCACAUGAACAAAGUAUAUUUCCAAUUGUUCAAGGUGCUUUAGAUGAAAAUUUAAGACGUCAAAGUGCUGAGGAACAUAUUAAACGUGACGUCAAUGGUUUUGCAGUUGGUGGUUUAAGUGGUGGUGAAAGUAAAAAUGAUUUUUGGCGAAUGGUUCAUGUGAGUACAGAUAUUCUUCCAAAAAAUAAACCAAGGUAUCUCAUGGGUGUUGGAUUUGCUGUUGAUUUAGUUGUAUGUGUUGCACUUGGAGUUGACAUGUUUGAUUGUGUUUUUCCAACAAGAACAGCUAGAUUUGGAUGUGCAUUAGUUCGAACUGGACAAUUGAGUUUACGUCAACAAAUUUAUAAAAAUGAUUUAAAACCGAUUGAUGAAAAUUGUGAUUGUUCUACAUGUAAAACAUACACAAGAGCAUAUAUUCAUCAUAUUGUGACUGUUGAAACAGUAGCUUGUCAUCUUUUGACUGUUCACAAUAUUGCAUUUCAAUUAAAACUUAUGAAAGACAUUCGUACGAGUAUUGUUAACCAAUGUUUUCCAAAAUUCGUCAAAGAUUACAUGGACACUUUGUAUUCUGAUAAAAAUUAUCCAAAAUGGAUAAUAGAUGCACUUAAUUCAGUUAAUAUUAAUUUAUUAGAAAGUUGA